AUGGGGAGAUCUCAGACCGCGACCCUUCCCCUGAUCCCGCUCGCGCGCGGCACCAUCCUCCUCCCCGGCCUCGUCCAGCGCAUUGCAGUCAACUCCAGCCGUCCCGAUAUCCCCGCUCUCCUCGCCCACGUCUACGAGCGCGCUGCUACCAAGGGCCCCGAUGGCCGCAUCGAUGGCGUACCCAUCGCCUGCGUCCCCGUCUCCUCGCCCCUAGUCGGCCCCAACGGCCAGCUCCUCAUCGGCGAUGCUGAGGACAUCGACAGCUCACAGAUCGAGAAUAUAAACCCAGGCAGUGCCAAGGAGAAGGAUCUCUACAACUUUGGUGUUGCCGCCAAGAUCAUUGGCAUCGAUGGAAGGGGCACCGGAGAGUUCGCUCUGCGCGUCGAAGGCACCUCGCGCAUCCGUGUCGAUAACAUCACUCGGGAGCGGCCCUUCUUCGAGGCAAAGGUCACAUACUUUACCGAUGAUAUGGCAUCCCCUCCCGACAAGCAGCUUCAAGACCUCUUCGCCCUCCUAAAAACCCGAUCGCGAGAACUAGUCACCAUUCUGAGGAUUUCGUCCCUCCUACCUCGAACCAAGGGCGGCCCCGUCCUGUCGCCAUUGAUAACCAAACGAUUGGAUAUGCUCAUUAUGAGGAAGGAAAUAAAGGAUGCUGGACUGCUAGCCGACUUCAUGGCCAACCUAGUUGAGACUUCGCACGAGGAGAAGCUCGAGGUCCUCGCCGCGCUAGAUGUCAAGGUACGCCUGACCAAGGUCAUUGAGCUGCUUGAACGUCAGGUCGGAGGCAUCAAGAACAACUUUAAGAUCACCACAUUCGCCGCCAUGCCCGUUACCAUCUUGGAUCGGUUGAAUGAGAACCAAAACCGAAAGGGCAACUCGCUACCUCAAAUUCCGGGCAUGUCAUUUGUUCCUCCGUCUGGACAAUUCCCUCCGAACAAUGAUCAAAAUGACGAUCAAGAAGCCAACGAACUAGACGAACUCAAGCGGAAGCUUCAGAAUGCCAAGCUCCCUCAAGAGGCUGCCAAGACCGUAGACAGAGAGAUGCGGCGAUUACAAAAAAUGAUGCCAAUGAACCAGGAGUACCAAGUUACCAGAAAUUGGUUGGAAACCCUGUCGGAAAUUCCCUGGUCGACCCUCACCGAUGAUCGUCUUGGCCCAGAAACGCUGCACAAGGCCAAGAAGCAGCUUGACGAAGACCACUAUGGCCUUGAGAGCGUCAAGAAGAGGCUGAUCGAGUAUUUGGCGGUUUUGAGACUGAAGCAGUCCAUCAAUGACGACGUGGAUGAGAAGAUCAAGAAGGCCGAGGAGCACAUGGACAAGCCCAAGGAAGGAGAGGAUGGGAAUGCUGAUGCGAACCCAGCUGCCGAGGACACAAGCCGGCCAGAAAUCGCUAAGCUCCAGAUCCUCAAGUCCCAGCGCCAGGUGGACAGGUCCCCCAUCAUGCUCCUGGCGGGACCCCCUGGUGUUGGCAAGACCAGUCUUGCUAGGUCCGUGGCGACGGCCUUGGGACGCAAAUUCCACCGCAUCUCUCUUGGUGGUGUCAGAGACGAGGCCGAGAUUCGUGGCCACCGAAGAACCUACGUUGCGGCCAUGCCUGGCCUCAUCGUCCAGGGUCUGAGGAAGGUCGGUGUUGCCAACCCUGUCUUCUUGCUUGAUGAGAUCGACAAGAUUGGGCAAGCCAGUAUUCACGGCGACCCCUCGGCGGCCAUGCUCGAGGUUCUCGACCCCGAGCAGAAUAGCAACUUCCAGGAUCACUACGUUGGAAUGCCCAUUGACCUUUCCAAAAUCCUAUUUAUCGCCACAGCCAACAGCUUGGACACAAUCCCAGCUCCUCUCCUGGAUCGAAUGGAGACCAUCUACAUUCCUGGCUACACUACUCUCGAGAAGCGUCACAUUGCGAUGCAGCACCUGAUCCCCAAGCAAAUCAGGGUCAACGGACUGGCCGAAAGCCAAGUCGCUUUCAACCAGGAUGUUGUGUCCAAGAUUAUCGAGUCCUACACUCGUGAAUCUGGUGUCCGUAACCUUGAGCGUGAGAUCGGCUCGGUCUGCCGUGCCAAGGCUGUUGAGUUUUCAGAAGCAAAGGACGGCGGACAUGCCAACGACUAUCAGCCGGCCCUCACUGUGGAUGACAUUGAGAACAUAUUGGGUAUCGAGAAGUACGAGGAGGAGAUUGCUGAGACGACGAGUCGUCCCGGUAUCGUGACUGGCCUCGUCGCCUACAGCUCUGGGGGUAAUGGCAGCAUUCUGUUCAUCGAAGUUGCUGACAUGCCUGGCAACGGACGUGUCCAGCUCACAGGAAAGCUUGGUGAUGUUCUGAAGGAGAGUGUCGAGGUGGCCCUGACUUGGGUCAAGGCCCAUGCAUUUGAGCUUGGUCUCACGCCCGAGCCAACUACCGACAUCAUGAAGGAGCGCAGCAUCCACGUCCAUUGUCCCUCAGGCGCCAUUCCCAAGGAUGGCCCCAGCAGUGGCAUCGGCCAGGCUGUGGCCCUGAUUUCUCUAUUCUCAGGCAAGCCAGUGCCGCCGUCCAUGGCCAUGACGGGCGAGAUUUCUCUCCGGGGCCGAGUUACAGCCGUCGGAGGUAUCAAGGAAAAGCUCAUCGGCGCCCUUCGAGCGGGCGUCAAGACGGUGCUACUCCCCGCCCAGAACCGCAAGGAUGUCAAGGAUCUACCGCAGGAGGUCAAGGAUGGACUCGAGAUCCUCCACGUUAGCCAUAUCUGGGAGGCGAUACGCCUCGUCUGGCCCGAUUCGCAUUGGGCGGACGACAGCAACUUCCGGGGCAUCGAGCCUCGGCUGUGA